CACUGCACAAGAUGUAACUUCAAGAUGGCUGCGCCCACGUGUUUGGAAGUUUUUGUCGGCUGCUACGAAAGAACAACCCUCGGAUAUGAGGUUUAUGAAAAUGAGGAGGCCAAGUUUGCAAUAAGAGCCAAGUUUACUGACAACUCCCACAUCGGUUACGUCAAGACGUUAGCAGCCAGUGACUCCUUCCUAGCGACAGGGAGCACAGACGAGACCAUCCAUCUCUACAAUCUGAAGACAAACAGAGAACUCGGGGCAUUACUGCAGCACGAUGGUUCAAUUACAAGUAUAGGUUUCCAUGGCGACGGUCACAUGAUCAGUGGUAGUACCGAUGGCACCAUUGGAAUAUGGAACACUGCAUCAUGGGAACUGAUGAAAAGCUUACGAGCCCACAAGGGUGGAGUGAACUCGGUAGCCAUUCAUCCAUCCGGGAAGCUGGCUCUGACGGCCGGGCAGGACAAGUUACUCCGCACAUGGAACCUGAUCAAGGGAAGGGUGGCGUACACAACCAACAUCAAACAGGUGGCGGACUUUGUGUUAUGGUCACCUGACGGGGAACUCUACAUAAUCGUCUGCGACAGAGUCAUCAAUGUGUACAGAAUCACCACGGCAACCAUUACGAGCUCAAUAGACUGUGGGAGGAAAAUCCUGGCCGUUUCCUUCCUCACAAAUCGAGUCUUGGCAGUCGGUGGAGAAGGUGAGAACAUCCAGCUGUUUGAGUUAUCUGAGGGGAAAUCAACGUGCAAGUGCGACUUCAAGGCCCAUGAAAACAGAGUUAAAGGUAUUCAGUCCACGUCGGACCGCAGCAGUCAACCGAAGGAUAGCUGUCGGUGGUUGUUAACAGUCUCCAGUGACAGCUAUCUCAAGCUUUGGUCCGUCGACACUGAAACGCUCGACGAGCCGGUUCUGCUUGCCUCAGUCAACACCACAGCCAGGUUAACCUGUGUCUGCGUCAGACCGGUGCUCAGUCAGACCUCAGAAGUACCAGCCUUGAAGCUGAAGGUGGAGAAAGCCAAGGAUAAAAACGCCCCUGCAAAACGUAGAAGUACUGGUACAGAGCAAGAUGCAAAGAAGAAGAAACCCAAGACCAGAAAACAAAAACCUUAAAAGUGGACACCAAAGGAGGUUUUAUUAAAUUGGUUGUCCCACUGUUAUCCGGAAGGCAUUGUUUUCUAUGGACCUGUCUACGGUCGAGUUCCGAUUGGCACAAUUCUUAAAACAUUAAACCAAGUUUGGAAACACCAGCAAACCAAAUGAAUAAACUAAUCAACAAAAUAGUGAUGCCGUAAGUCCCAUGUAAUAUACAUGUAAGGUAACUGGGCUGUACAGUACUGAAAUCUGUCCAGAACAUGCCAACUCCUAGUCAAAAUUAGCAAUGACAGUGAGUGAUGAAAGAUAUCUAACUAGUUGUCACCCUAGUUUUGGGUGAAGAUUUUUUUGUCUUGUUACAUACAGUUCUUAACCAGAAAAGCCAGAUCAGUAGUUACAUUCAAAUCUGUGAUUACUUAGAACAUUCAAAGUCAAGAAUGAUUAAACAAAUGGAAAGAUUCCCACAUCUGGCCAUCACUCAUGUUUCCCUUCAGUGACCUAUCAGCCAUCUGAAAGUGAUAAUAUAUGUCCUAAAAAGUCAAAUUUAGCAGGGAAAAUAUUGAAGUACUUACCGAGAAAACACUUAGAAAUGUUCAGACCAAUCUGAUAGGGUUUGUGCACAGGGUGACAAGUGAUGGCCAGAUAUGGGAAUCUUUCCAAACAAAUUCCUUAUUUAUCUAAAUAUUUUAUGAGUUUCUUUACCUCUAUCAUAUUUUAAUUUCUGUCAUCUUCAGUCAUAAUCAUUUUUAAAACAAA